GGUACUUAGAGUUAGUUGUUAUCGUCACCGAUCACAACUACCCAACACAGUAGUGUCGAGUAGACCUAAACAAUAAAAUUUAAUGAGUAUGUAGUGUUGUUGUUACAUCAUUCCAAAUUAUACGUCUUCCAUAAUGUUGGCUCUGGCCAGAAGCUGCGCCAAGUGCCUGCGCCGCCUGUCAUCCGCCAGAGUUCUGCGCUUGUACUCUAAGGGAUCCUCUGACUGUAAGGAAGAGAAAGGAAAGUACCAGAUCGUGAUGGUGCGACACGGGGAGUCCGAAUGGAAUGAGAAGAAUCUAUUUUCUGGUUGGUACGAUGCCAAACUGACCGAUAAAGGCAUUCAGGAAGCCUGUGCCGCGGGCUUGGCCCUCAAGAAGGGCAAUUAUAAGUUCGACAUAGCCCAUACCUCGAUGUUGAGCCGUGCCAACGAUACGUUGAAGAUCGCCUUAGAGUCCUGCGAACACAAAAAGAUACCCGUGUGCAAGUCAUGGCGACUCAAUGAGCGACACUACGGCGGACUGACAGGACUGAACAAGGCGGAGACCGCCAAGAAGUUUGGCGAGGAAAAAGUUAAAAUCUGGCGCCGCAGUUUCGAUACCCCACCACCACCCAUGGAGAAGGACCACAAGUACUAUGACAGCAUCGUAAAGGAUCCACGAUAUAAAGACCAGUUAAAGGCAGAAGAGUUUCCCAAGUCAGAGUCCUUAAAGCUUACAAUCGACCGCACGCUCCCUUACUGGAGCGGGGUGAUCGAGGCCCAGAUCAAGGAGGGGAGGAGCAUCCUGGUGGCGGCCCACGGCAAUAGUCUGCGGGGCGUAGUCAAGCACUUGGAGUGCAUUUCUGACGAGGGCAUUAUGGGCCUUAACCUGCCCACUGGUAUACCAUUCGUCUAUCAACUGGACGAGAACCUAAAGCCCAUCGGCACGCUUAAGUUCCUCGGCGAUCCGGAAACCGUAAGAAAGGCCAUGGAUGCGGUGGCCAAUCAGGGCAAGGCCAAGUAGCCAACAAUCAACUCAAUGCACUUGCAUGCCAACCUCAAAACCGCGUAUGAAAAACUCACGGAAAAUGGGAAGAUUGCGGGUCUGGCCAGGCGAAUGUCAAGCUGCAAAUAAAUUUAUUUGAUUUUAA